UGUGCUAUAGAUAUCCUUGAAGUCACAGUCAAAUCCAAGUUUUUGUUUAUAGCUUGCAUUCAAUCAAAUUGAAGAAUACUUGCUAUUGCAAAGUUGGAUUUCCUCCUUUCUCUGAUUUUGAAUGCAUACUGUUAAAGUACUGCACAUUCUUAUUUUUGCUUUAUUGCUACCAUUGUCAUUGUUAAUGGUGGCUCUCACCAUAGGCAAAAUAACACUGAUAAACUUGGGCAGCUUUCAGAUUUGCCCAUUUCCUGGACAAGCAGUAUAUCAUACUUGCUAAUGACAAUCCAACUGAGUCUCCUGAACUUGUUAGAAAUUAGGACGGUCAGGUGACAAUGUUUGGCUUUGGACUAUUACUUUCUCUUUAGGAAGUGAGGACAUUGAAAUAAAUGGACACUGUUUCCUUCUAGUCUUAAGUUGAAUAAACAGGUGAUCAAAACCAAAAACACCUGAGUAAUAAGACUUACUGAUUCACUGUAAUUAUUCAUUUUCAACUCUGUAGCUCAUUUUUUCAUUGACAAAUUGAGGUUAUUAAUUCACCCUUUUAGUUGUAGAUAAAUGAUAAACCUAUUAAUUAACUCAUGUAAUCAUAAGAGGAAGAAAGAAAAUAAAGUAGGGCAAAAUUGUGGAUUUCACUUCAACUAUGGUGUCAAAAGACCCUUUUCAGAGACCCAAGUAGAUUGUUAGAAGCCUUAAGAUGUCCCCUAGAUUCUUCCCAGAUUCUCAUUAUACCUUUUGCCAUCCUUAUUAUUAACAGCUGCCCAAAGAAGAUAUUCACAUCAACCCCCCUGGAGCAUGUAAAUGUUUCCUUAUUUGGAAAAAUUGGUCUUUGGAGAUGUGAUUAAAUUAUCUUGAAAUAAAGAGAUUGCUUUGGAUUAUCAAAGUUGGCCCUAAAUACUAUUACAACCUCUUUAUAAGAGACACACAGGGAAAACACACAGAAGAGGAGAAGACAAUGUGACCACAGAGGUGAGACAGAGACUGGAGAAAUGGAGCCACAAUUCAAGGAGUGCCAACAGCUGCCAGAAGCUGAUGAGGCAAAGAAUGGAUUCUCCUCUAAAGCCACUAGAGGAGUGUUGCCCUACUGACACUUUGAUUUUGGACUUCUGGCCUCCAGAACUAUGAGAGAAUAAAUUUCUGUUGUUUUAAGCUACUCCUUUUGAGGUAAUGUUACAGCAGCCACAGGAAACUAAUAUACCCACCCAAUGUUACUCCCUGUGAUUGAAUUCAUGAUAUUUAUCACAAGUUGUAAUUAUUUGCUAUUUUAUUUAUCAUCUGUCUCACUCCCCUAUGUAAGCUCCAUGAAGGUAGGGCCAUUCACUGCACACCCAGUCUCUUAGCAUAGUAUUUGAAAUAUCUUAUGUUCCUAGAAACCAUCUGUUAAAAAGAAUUAGUGGAUAAAUGUCCCCCAUAGAUAAGUCUUGUAAGACAGAGACCAUGUCUAUCGAUCACAAUUGUCAAAGCCUCCAGCACAGAGCCUUACAAGAAACUGCUGUUGAACUAAGUUUGCUGGCCUAGAAAUCAGGAAGUCUGGAUUCUAGACACUAUACUGCAAUGUAUAGCUGUGCCAUGGCCCCCACCUCUAUUUCCUUCCAUCUAUUAUUUGGCUUAGAAUGUUCAAGAAGGUUUGUUCCUUAUCUGCUCCUUCUUAUCCUUGAUAAGGAGCAGGUCCAAAUAGCAUUCAUUUUCGCAUCCCUUACAUCAUCCAUAAUAGUUGGCAUAUGAUAGGACAAUAAAUGUUUGAGGUUUUUGGGUGAAGUGGAAUGAUUCUGGGCUUUAGACUCAAACAUAAAUGAAACUCAAUAUUGCAUCCUUGAGUAAAUUCCUAAUCGACUCUGAAUCUCAAUCUUCUCAAAUGAAAGGAGACUAACCCUUACCUCACAGAAUUGUGAACCUGUGAGCCACUCAGCCUACAGCAGGAACUUUAUGAGUGGUACCUGAUUAGCAUUAACCUAUGCCAUUGACCUAACUCAACCAUGAGUGCAGCAUCAGAUAAGAAUUCCUAACUGGUGCCAUAUGACUUUGGCCAAGCCAUUUAACCUUUCUGAACCACAGUUCCUUAGCCAAAAAUUGGCAAUAGUACCUUCCAUGUAAGCAGUGGCUCUGAUCUAGAAACUAAAUAAAGUAACAAUAGUUACACUUAAGCGAGUGCUAGUCUCAAUAAGCUAUUAUUUUCUACAAAAAAAAUCUUGGCUUCCUAGGGUCUUCUGAAACAAUGAAAGGGUCCAGCUGACCCUCUUACUGCCUCAACGAACCCAAAUUUGGGAAUCUUCUAAGCAAAGGCCGCGUGAGGGUUCCAUGAGUCCAUGACUGUAUUCCUCAGGAACCUACCAGUUAUCAGUGUUUACCACGAGGAGAGACCAAACCGAUGUGACAGGUACUCUAGAAGAGUCCAGUACCUGGCAUAGCCCUAAUCCACGCUGAGUUUAGCCUUUUUAGUCGGCAGAGGUCAUGACCUAAGGAGAGUGCUGCUCACCGUUUGGACCGCCCACCAUUUCUCCAGGAGUCCCGCGGUUGCCUGGGCAACGCUACGUCACCGCGUAUCCUCCCGUGCCCGUCGGCGAGAAGCCUAGAGAGCGCAACGCGCAGGCGCCCAGUGGAAACCAAUGGGCGCGGCCGGAACGCUGGUGGCGCUCGGCGCUGCUCUUUCGCGGUCGGAUUCUGGGGUGGGGCGGCAGCGGGAGCGCGCCCGCUUUUCCUAGGCCAGCGGGCGGUUGUCCGUGGCUCCGCGACUGGGCGCCCCGUCACGUAGGUUACACACACGGUCACUCCCCAGGGACGGCCCGGAGUCCGUCCAGGCAGCUGCGCCCUCCCCAGACCCGGGCACCGCGGAGGCUGGAGCCGCAAUGGUGCUGGUCGAGGGCGGGAGAUGGAGCUGACCAGGAGCCGGAGGGGCUGAAAAGAGCCUGCCCAAGUCUGGGCCAAGCACGAAGGCCUUUCCCACCCGUCGGGCUCCUGGGUUCCCGCCAGCCGAUUUCCAGCCGUCAGGGUCACGCCACUCGCUGGAAAACCCUGAACUCUGUGCCCCUCAAGCCCUGGGCCCCCUGCGGGAAUGUUCAAAAAUGAGUACCAGGGAGGUGCAUUUGUUGAAAUCUUCAGUGCUCAAGGAAAAAAUCCUGGAGCAAAAUGGAAGAUCCUUGGUAGUCCAUCUGUGAUUUGGAAAGAAUUUGAUAAAGAAGUUAAAAGUUUUGUGUUUGUCCUGGAAGGCAGCAGCCAAACAAACAAAAUUCAGUUACCAAAGGAGAAUAAGCAAAUCCUUGGAUUGAUCCAGAGGUUUCUUGUACUUCAGAUUUACGUACCCCUGGGACAAGACUUCUCCACUGAAUUGCUAAUUACUGAUUUAGGGAACAUCAAAAGAAGAUUAUAUUUAUCAACGGUCCAUAAGGAACUAUCCUCCACCCCUCUUCAUGCAAAAAUUCCACUCUUCAUGAUCAAACGUAAAAUUUGGUGCAAUCUAUGCAUUGACUUAGUAGCAUUCACCAGUGAAAUAUUCAAGGGGGCAGUUUUCCAGUCAUUGGAUGGAAUUGUUGUCUCAGCUAACUGUAAGCUACGGAAGAUCUUCACCUUAAAAUCAAAGCCACAAGACACUGCUGAUAAGGAUGCUGUCUGUGGUGUUCCCUAUUCAACAGAUGAGCCUACAGAUAUACCACGAAGCUGUCAACUAAUGACAGAUGUUCCACAUGUCACACAGCUGCUAAACAUGACUAAACUUCGCCAAACUGAAAUAAAAUUUGGAGGCCAUCCUCUAAGAUCAGCAGAAUCAGAUCAGUUAAUUAACAGAGGAACAAGUAGUACACGGAACAGUAAAAAUCAAGAUGUUUGUCAUAUCGCAUUUGGAUCCAAAGUUCUUGGGCCGCCUCCACUCUCUGGCAGAAGGAAUAACAUGAGGAUAUCCAGCGAGACAGUGAGAUCCGUUGGGUCCAAAAAUAACCGAUCAUGCCAGCCGUCCACUGUGGAGAAGUGUGUUAAUGGUACAGAAAUGUCAGCCUUGCUGAUACCUGAGUCUGAGGAGCAAGGAAAUAAAGAAAAUAUUCACCAAAUAAAGCAGACCGUACCUAUUCAUGCAGCCAAUCUACAUAUUAUGCAUCCGCAUCCCCCUCAAGAACCAUCAGCAGAUAAGAAUAAUAACAGAAGAAGAUUACGGUUAAAAAGUACCAGCAGAGAAAGGACAGAGACACCCAGCGGUAGCUCUUCAGGAAAUAAUAGGAAUGAAGAUAAAGCAUCAACUAUCCUCACCACUGUGUCCCAACAAGGAGCAGAGCUGUUGAACUCCAGCACUCUAGGACCCCAGUCUCCUGAUCAAUCAGAUGAGUGGAUCUUUCCUGAAAAUGCUGAUCACAUUUCAUAUCUGGCAUCCAGCAGACAGUCUCUACUUCUGGAUGAUGACUCCUGCAACCCGUCACACCUGUGGCUGGAAGCCAGCAAAGAGAGUGAACAUGACCAGCAGGCAGAGGAAUCCCAGAGUGUUUCAAAGGACAUUUUCACUUUUUCAUCAAGACCACGAUCAGCACCUCAUGGAAAGACUCAGACUAUGUCCCCAGAGGAGCUCUCAUUUAUUUUGGAUCUAAAAGAGGAUAACAGUGUGACAAGCAGAGACACCCAAUCAGAGGAUGAUUUUUACAGUGGCAACAGCAGUGAAGAGGGUAACCACAGUAUCCAGGGUUCUCAAAACCCAACAACUGGUCCUUCAGAGUUAACUCACUUAACAUUAGAGAGCCUGCUGGGGAAGGCUGCAAAGCGGACAAGUAAGGAAUAUCUAAAGAGCGCCUACACAGAAGCAGGAGCAACAGAAAGCCAGGAUUCCUCGGCGGAGCAAAUAGAUAGAAAUAACUUUCAAAUGAGUUUGUUGCCUACAACAUGCCUUUCUCCAACUGGAAGAAGGUGUGGAUCCUGUCAGAAAACUCCAGACCCCAUAAUCAAAGCGAAGGAUCUAUCAGCCCAGCAAGUGCCAGCUUCACUAAACAAAACCUCCCUGAAAGAAAUCUCAGGGGAAAGGCUGAGCUCGAUCCCUGAAGCAUCUGAAUAUGACUGGCGAAACUAUCAGCCGAGCCAGAUGAGUGAAUCUGAGUUACAGAUGCUAGCAAGCCUACGGCGGCAACAAAAUGAAGAACUGGAGGACGCUGGGACCUCCCAUGGCCUGAGUGCCUCCCAGGUGGACAACUGUAAUGUCAGCAUAAGUACCAGCAGUGACGACACAACCACCUGGAACUCCUGCCUGCCACCCCCUGUCAACCAGGGUCGCCACUAUCAGAAAGAAAUGAACCCACCUUCUCCUUCUAAUCCCCGGGACUGGUUAAAUAUGUUGAGCCCACCAAUUGUUCCUCCCAGUCAACAGCCAGCUGAGCAGCAUCCAGAUUCCUCUGAAAGUUUGAAUGUUCAAGGUGAAGAAGACCUCAGUGUGGAAGAGGACGAGGAAGUACUGACUUUGUUGUAUGACCCUUGUCUGAACUGUUACUUUGACCCCCAAACAGGGAAAUACUAUGAGUUGGUAUAAUGCCUCCUUCCGGGGCAGAGAACAGGCACUCCCAGCUGGAGCAGAAUAGCAGUUCAGGGUCGCUUAAGGAGUCACCACAACUUGUGUGUUGGGUGACCACAGAAUCAAAAGUAACUGAGAGAAACGAAUUCAUUUUGUAAAUAAUGUUCAAUGUUAAGAAUACCUACAUUCCUUUUGUAGAUGAGUAUGAUUUUGAAACUGAAGAAAUUAAUACAGAGGCAAGAUUUUAGGAGUUUGAAUUGGUUCUUGUUUGUUCUCAUUCUACAUAUAAUUUUGUUUAUUUCAGAUAAUUUUAUGUAAACAAGUUAAGAGUUAUUCAUUCAAAUUUUUUGCAGUGUUAAUCUGUAAAUGAUGGCUUGAUAUACAGAAAAUGUAUUUUUGUUUAAAAGAUGCCUGGGUACCUUUUAUUUUAUGACAUUUGUAUUAAAAAUAAAGUAUGAUGGUAAGAAGAAUAGCUUUUAAACUGCUUCUUUUCAUUCACCCCACUUUCUUUUCCAGAAUAUUCCUAUAUGAUACUUUCCUUCUCUUCAACUCUUAGAAAAAGAAACAUUGUGAACUGGUCAGACUUUAUGAUCACAUUUUAUUGGCACUGGACCCACUAUUUCCAUUUCAUUAUAGUUCAUCCAGAGUUUGCCAGAGAUCACAACAUUGUUAAUCACUUAAGCUGCUUAGCACUGUAUUUUUCUUUUAAAAAAAAAUCUUGGGAGGCUGAGGCGGGCGAAUCACGAGGUCAGGAGAUCAAGACCAUCCUGGCUAACACAGUGAAACCCCAUCUCUACUACAAAUACAAAUAAUUAGCCGGGUGUGGUGGCGGGCGCCUGUAGUCCCAGCUACUCCAGAGGCUGAGGCAGGAGAAUGGCGCAAACCCAAGAGGCGGAGCUUGCGGUGAGCCAAGAUCGCCCCACUGUACUCCAGCCUGGGCAACAGAGCGAGACUCUGUCUCAAAAAAAAAAGAAAAUACUUUGCCAAUUAUCUCUGAAUUCUGUUAAUAGGUUCACAUCUAGAUCUAUAUAGAAAUAACCUCUUUGAAAUCCCCCCACCGCCACACACACACAAACACACACACACACACACACACACACUCAUCACCACUCCUGUGACCUGGGCCUGAAGAAAUCCCAGAGGCUUUCUCUGGUUUUUCAGUUGAUGUCCAUGUAACUCUGCUUGCCGGAUCACAAGGAAAAAGUCAUGUGCUUCCUGCAUUUGGGUAGACAGCCUUGAAUUGUGUGCCAACUAUAUUAAUAUUGAGCUCAAGGAAAUACUUAUUAUAUUACCUGGCAUAUUUUGUUAUUUAAUAAAGAUUUUUUAAUAAAGAAGAGUACCAUUGGAAAUGAAAAUUUAUUGGUGUACAGUUGGAUUUAAUGGUGGUACUAUAAUUUCAUUUAAUAUUGCUUGAUACAGGAAGUAAGCUCUUUUUACAGGAGUAGAUUUGGACUCCUGUUCCAAGUAUCAUACAUUAUUUAGAACCAUAUUUGUGUUUGAUAAGCUUUUAAUCCUGUUGUUCACAAAGUAUGCCUUCGUUAUAAAUUUCUCUCCAAGAUCUUCAUACUUACAAAAUGAAAAUGAAUAAAUUAAGCUUUCCAAAGCAUGCAAAAUGAUAAAAGAGUUGGGUUUUCUUGAUUAUGACCUUAAAGAUUGGAAUAGGGCUUGGAAGGCCUUGUUUCUGCUUUAAAUAGUCUCAGGACCAUAUAUAAGGGACAUAUGACAUAAAUAAGGGAGUCAAUUAAAAUUUAUAUUAGUGAAGACUUAUAAAUAUCAAAAACAACAUGAGCUAGAUGAAGAAAAAAAAAUUAGGAUACAGGAAUGCCUCAAAUGCCCCAAAACAGAAUGCUGUAAGGCUAUAAGGCCUCUGAAUAGAUUUGGGCUGGGACCUAGAGGACUGUAGUGAACUCUGUUGGGAUUCUUAAAUUGCAAGCAACAGACACCCUUGAUCCCAGAAUUCAAAGACUUGCUGAACAAUCAAGCUCUGGGAGGCACAGACAUCAGAGCAGCCCCAGAGAUCCCUAUAGCAGCAACCAACAGUUUCUCAUGAUGAUGGCCACCAAAUUGACAGCACCACUUUUUUCUUUCUCAGGUCUCUGCUCAAGGAGCAAGAGGAUGGUAGGAUUAACUCAUCAGUUAUCCCCAGGACCACAUGGAAUGGGAAUGAGAUACUCCCUGAAGGAGAAGAGGGCACUGUUAAGAAAAUGGGGAGGGAUGUCAGGCAGGCAAA